GGAUAUUUCUAACCGGACCAGUUAACAGCAAGAACAAAGACAAAUCCUCAGGUUUUUAUUUAGACUACAAUAUCUACAGAGAUGAAGAUGAAUACAUUUUUUAUUUGAUGUCUUUAAGACUAAAAAUAAUUAAUUUUUCAUAUCAUGUGAAUUGGAAUUAAGAUUUGUCAUUAUUUUUCCUUUCUGCAUGGAUGAAGACAAAUCCAUUGGUUUUUUAUGAAGUGUAUCUGCUCCUAAACAUCUCAUUUGACUGUUUAAACCGCUGCAGGUAUCGGCCUGUGUGUUUGAAACAAGCUGCUGAACAUUAUGUCAAACGUUUUGGGAACAUAAUGUUUGGACAGUUUCCCAUAAAAGUUUAGCGUUUUCUUUAAUCUUCAAACUCGGAGUGAAAACAACAACUGAAACGUGGGAAUUUCCGCAACUCCUGAAGAAAGAGUGAACAUCCCCUGGAAAGCCCUGAUGGUCGAGAGGACAGUUGGGAUUUAUUCCUCGUCGUGAUACGAUGGAUAAGGGUGGACACACACUCCGCACACACCUGGAAACACACAGAGAAGCUCAUUUAGUCCGACCUGUGACGAUGCCGUGUGCCCGCUCUCGUCUCGACCAGACGGGGAAGAUGCCUCGUAGCCACGUCUCUGUGGUUGAUAAAAUCCUCAUGGUAGAGCAGAUCCUGUCAGAGUUCAGAGUGAAUGAGGAAGAGCUCAAUGAAAUCAUGAAGCGGAUGCAGCGUGAAAUGGAGAGAGGACUGCGCUUAGAGACGCACGAGGAGGCCAGUGUCAAAAUGCUGCCAACCUACGUGUGCUCCACCCCUGAGGGCUCAGAGGUGGGGGAUUUCCUGGCUCUGGACCUGGGGGGUACAAACUUCCGUGUCAUGCUGGUCAUAGUGGGUGAAGACGAGGAUGGGAGCUGGAAGGUAGAGACCAAGAACCAGAUGUACUCCAUUCCUGAAGAUGCCAUGACGGGGACGGCUGAAAUGCUCUUUGACUACGUAGCCGAGUGCAUGUCGGACUUUUUGGACAAACAUCACAUCAAGCACAAGAAGCUUCCUCUGGGUUUCACCUUCUCCUUUCCAGUGCGACAUGAGAACAUUGACAAGGGAAUCCUCAUUAACUGGACCAAAGGCUUCAAGGCCUCUGGGGCCGAGGGCAACAACAUUGUGGGUUUACUCCGAGAUGCCAUCAAGAGACGAGGAGACUUUGAGAUGGACGUGGUCGCGAUGGUGAACGACACAGUGGCCACCAUGAUCUCCUGCUAUUACGAGGACCGCAGCUGCGAAGUCGGGAUGAUUGUCGGCACUGGUUGUAACGCCUGUUACAUGGAGGAGAUGAGGACCGUGGAGCUGGUGGAAGGGGAGGAGGGCCGGAUGUGUGUGAACACAGAGUGGGGGGCGUUCGGGGCCAACGGGGAGCUGGAGGAGUUCAGACUGGAGUACGACCGGGUGGUGGACGAGACCUCCAUUAACCCCGGAAAACAGCUGUAUGAGAAGAUGAUCAGUGGGAAGUAUAUGGGAGAGCUGGUGCGGCUUGUGCUGAUGAAGCUGGUGAAUGAAGACCUGCUGUGUAACGGGGAAGCCUCGGAGCUGCUGAAGACACGUGGCAGCUUUGAGGCGCGUUACGUCUCACAGGUAGAGAGUGAUACUGGAGACAGGAAACAAAUCUACAACAUCCUGUCCUCACUGGGCGUCUUGCCGUCCGAGCUGGACUGUGAUAUUGUGCGUCUGGCCUGUGAGAGCGUCUCCACGCGCUCUGCUCACAUGUGCGGUGCAGGACUCGCAGGUGUGAUCAACAUAAUGCGGGAGCGGCGCAGCCAGGACGCCCUGAAGAUCACAGUGGGGGUCGACGGGUCUGUGUACAAGCUGCACCCGUGUUUCCGUGACAGGUUCCACAAAGUGGUGAGGGCCCUCACGCCUCACUGUGAGACCACCUUCAUCCAGUCGGAGGAGGGCAGCGGCCGUGGAGCGGCUCUCAUCUCAGCAGUCGCCUGUAAGAUGGCCGCAUGCAUGCUGACACAAUAAAGGGAGCUGUGCACUGAGCUGCCCGCCGCAGGACAGCAGUGAAGUUAGCCUGAGCCCUGAUCUGAGAUCACUGAUGAUGAUGAUGAUGAUAAUGAUGAUGAUGAUGAUGGUGGUGAUGAUGAUGAUGGUGAUAAUGGUGAUGAUGAUGAUGAUGAUGAUGAUAAUGAUGAUGAUGAUGAUGGUGGUGAUGAUGAUGAUGGUGAUAAUGGUGAUGAUGAUGAUGAUGAUGAUGAUGAUGAUGAUGGUGAUGGUGAUGAUGGUGAUGAUGAUGAUGGAGAUGAUGAUGAUGAUGAUGAUGAUGAUGGUGAUGAUGAUGAUGAUGAUGAUGGUGAUGAUGAUGAUGAUGGUGAUAAUGGUGAUGAUGGUGAUGAUGAUGAUGAUGAUGAUGAUGAUGAUGGUGAUGAUGAUGGAGAUGAUGAUGAUGAUGGUGGUGAUGAUGAUGAUGGUGAUAAUGGUGAUGAUGAUGAUGAUGAUGAUGAUGGUGAUGGUGAUGAUGAUGAUGGUGAUGAUGAUGAUGAUGAUGAUGAUGAUGACGAUGAUGAUGAUGGUGAUGAUGAUGAUGAUGAUGAUGAUGAUGAUUGUCAUCUACAGACGUGCAGCUUCUCCAGGCUCUGAGGGAUGUGUGUCAGUGAGCUGCACACUCACGACUGGAUGAUGUACAGACAAGAAAGCAGCAAACAGUAUUGUGACUGUAUUUGAUAGUGUUGGACCACGUCAUAGCGAUAUCAGUGUUAUUGUAAAUUAAAGAAUUGGUUUCCUGUUGCAGCCAAAACAUCAGACGGCUCAUUUAAAAUAUUAUCACCUUGUGUAUCACUGCCUGUAGAUAAUUUUACUGGUGUGGGCUGCUCCAUUUUGAAAAUGGCACAUAUAUUAUUGAUGGCAGUUUAUGAUAACACCAGUAAAAACUGGUUGAUGUGCAGCAGGAAGGAUUGUAUUUGUAAAUGCUGUUGUAAACUAUACGACCACGUGAAAUUCAUUGCUUUGUUGUGCAGUAAAUCCUGUUUGUAAACUACGACAUAUUUCUUUGAGAUCUUAUGUUUAAAUCUAAAUGUUUAUAACUCUAUAAUGUGUGUUUGCCAGUAAUUUGUAAUUUCUUCACAUGUGCACGAUGAAAUGUACUUUGGAUGUGAAUAAGCUUAACUGUAAAUAAAACAACUCAAUUAGAAUUAAAAAGAUUUGAAUUGUUUUCAUCUUA